UGGAAUUAGGCCAGACAGACCCACACGCUGCCACCGCCUUUUGCCCUUCAUUUCCCCUUUCCCCUGACGACCCGACCGCCUCCUUCCGCCAAAGCGAAGCUCGCGGCGUGCCUCCUCAUCCACAUCCUCCGCUUCGAGUGGCCCGGCGUGGAGUGGAGAUCCAUCUGGACCUGGAUUGAUUUCCCCUUUCGUUGAUUCGUGUUCCUGGACAUUCCAUAAGGCAGCAUGCCGAAGAUAAAGACAAGCCGUGUUUCAUAUCCGGAAGGGUGGGAGCUUAUUGAACCAACAAUCCGUGAGUUGGAUGCCAAAAUGAGAGAAGCUGAAAAUGAUCCACAUGAUGGGAAGAGAAAGUGUGAAGCUCUCUGGCCAAUUUUCCGUAUUUCUCAUCAAAGAAGCCGCUACAUAUAUGAUCUUUACUACAGAAGGAAGGAGAUAUCACAGAAGCUUUAUGAGUUCUGCCUGGACCAGGGUUAUGCAGACCGUAAUCUGAUUGCAAAGUGGAAAAAGCCGGGUUAUGAGCGCCUUUGCUGCCUUCGGUGCAUACAGACACGUGACCACAACUUUGCAACUACUUGUGUCUGCCGGGUCCCCAAGCACCUCAGGGAGGAGCAAGUGAUAGAAUGUGUCCACUGCGGCUGCAAGGGCUGUGCCAGCGGUGACUAAUCUCGUCAUCAUGCUGUUGUGCCCAUGACUCAUCAUCUCAACCUAACACUUUGAGCUGUUUCGUGAGCAUGGGCCGACAAAGAGCAACUGUGGCCUAUAGAGGUGGUUCGCAUGAAUGUGUUGCAGUAAUUUGUAAGCCUAGGAUGACAUAAUUUCCUGACGUUCGGAUGUUUCCAACUGUUAUGCUGUUGACCUGUUGACUUUGCAUGUGCUAUAUGACGGUUUCACCUCAUGCAAGCCCAUGUUGGUACUAA